UUCCAACCUCUUUUGAUUCUUGAAUCCAACCUUCAGUCUUUAUAUAUUUAUCAUCGAUUUCCCCAACUGGGUCUCCAAGAAAAAACGACUUAAUUCAAUCCAACCCCCUAGACACAUCGAAAUGCUCGGAUUCAAGACCAUAAAGAAGAAAAUGUGGAUGUUCUCUCUAUAAAAUCCUUCCUCUAAAACCAAACCCUCUUGUCUUUUACCCUCAAAUGGAAGAAAAUAUGAACACAAAAUCAACAUCAUCUCUCUCAGUUGUUAAACUCAUCAGAUUCCCCCUUCGUAUGGUUUCUUUCUGGUUUGCACCCACCAUCCGUCCUCCUGGUCUCGACCCUUAGAAAUUCGUCAUCUUUUUCUCCCUUAAUUUCUCUUUACUUCUCACGAUCGCACACAAAUACACCUAGUAUAAGAUAUAUACAUAUAGCUUUAAAGGGUACUUGGAAAGAUGGAUUUUUAUACAUGGAAUCAGAAAUUUUCGAACUUGGGAUCCAAUCGGAAUGAUAGAUCUUUGGGGAACUCAGAUGGGUUUAGUAGGGAUUGUGGAAAUGCUGAUGGCGUUUUCACGAAAUCUUCACAAUCUUUGGUGUUAAAUGAGCAGAAAGGAGAGCUUGUGAAGGCUGAUGGCAAAGUCAUUGGAAAGAAAAUCGGAUUGAAGUCUGAUGAGAAAGCCAUGGCUGCUUUGAAGAGUCACAGUGAUGCAGAGAGAAGGAGAAGGGAAAGGAUUAAUGCUCAUCUUCACACCUUUCGAGGUCUUGUUCCCUGCACUGAUAAGAUGGACAAAGCCACAUUACUCGCUGAAGUUAUUCGCCAUGUAAAGCAAUUGAAAACAGACGCAAAAGAAGCCAGUAUUGGUUUACUCAUACCAGAAGAUGUCGAUGAACUCAUAAUUGAAAAAGUCAACGGAGGUUUGACUUUCCGUGCGUCUAUCUGUUGUAAGCGCCGGCCCGAGCUCCUAACUGAUUUAAGACGAGCCCUUGAUGCCCUCAAAGUUAACAUCGAGAGGGCAGAAUUGUCAGCUUUAGGAGACCAUAUGAAGAUCGUUUUUUAUUUCACCCGAACCACCACUGCCACAACAGAUGAAGAUCUAGUUAGCUUUGUUCGUGAAGCUCUUAAUUCCGUUAUAGAAAAAGCGCCAUUCUCGCCUGAAUACUCCCCAAGAACAACGCUGCCAAACAAGAGGCGGAGGUACUCUCUAUGAUCGUUCAUACUUAUGAUUAUUCCAUUGAAUCCAAGUUUGAUUUGGUUGAUUUCUCAUGUUUUUCAUGGUGAAAAAUGAGAUCUGUAUAAAGUUCUUUAUGUUUAUGAUCCUAAGACUAAAUAAGGGGUUAUAUACUACCUGCUGCUUACUGGAAGAGGCUCUUAUUACCUUGUCAGAGAUGUUGCUGUUUACCAAGCCCCUCUUAUCGGCCCAUGAUGUUAACCUGGUUAGCUCAAGGGAUUUAGUGUUGACCCAGACAGCACUCUUACUCGAUUAGUGUUUACCGAAUUUGUGUUAGUAAAUGGCUCCUAAGUUUACAUAUUUAUUGAUCAAGGUGGUGUAGAACUUGAUGAUUGGUGUCAAAGUAGGGGUGGUCUUUCUUUGUGGAAUGGAAGUAGAAUCUGUCUGCAAGAGAGGCUACUUGAUCCUACAAUGGCCAUUAUGAUGUUCAUUUGUGUCUUGUAUAUGUAAAUAUUUUGAAAUAUGAAUAUAAUGAUGUUGAUGGUUAAGA